UUCUCUACUGACCCAUCUCAACGGACCAUGUCAGCCGUAGUAAGCCUUGUCUUGAAUUCGUCGACGAGAUCCAUCCCCAGCGGGCGCCGUCGAGCUGGAUCCAGGCACGAUGCAGGUACGGACGGCGGGGCCCGCGGCAUCAAACUCUCCCAAGUCCCUUCACACUUAGAUAUGUAGGAGAAGGUACGGGAUGAGUGGCAGAAGAAAAACGAAGUACGACAGGGGAUACAAUCCUGCAAAACAAAUCAAGCUAGAGGCCAGCGAGGUUGGGCGAGGGGCGCGUCGAAAAGCCGGGCGGGGUCCACUAAAAACGGCUCAAGACCCUUGUUUCGCAGGCGUUGGUGGCGGGGCAACGCUUCUUUUUAACGUGAAGCCACCCGCGCUGCAUUCCUCGCAUGUUGGUCUCUCGCUCUUCCUUUUCUCUGGUAUAUUCUAUGCUCAGACUGUGAAGCUUGUCCUUAUUUCCGAUCUCACGACCGCUCCAUUCAAUAAGUGGACAGUUUGGAUUGUUCUCCCGCCUGCUCGCCCUCCAUCGCAUCAGAUCCACAUCAGAAGCACGCCGGCAUAUUCUAGGCAGCUCACUCACCGGCUAGAAACUCUCACACACGUUGGUCACUCGGUUGGAAUUUCGAGGGAGGCCAUUCGUCUAACGGCCAUCACCACUACGGACAAUUACCCCUCCUUUCAACGUCCCUUUCCUCUCGGCCCGUUGAAAGUUGACACCGAAUCCCGACCCUCAUCCCGAGACCCAAACAUUCCCCGGCUCACGGCGACUCCGCUCUGGCUCCCGGAUCUUUACCACCGUCUUCUUUUCCCCAGCCACUGGUCCCACGCCACCAACUCCAGUCUCGCCUUUAUCCCCGUCCAGGCCCCCCCGUCGGCCAGUCACUCUGACGGUGAGCUUCACACCGCAACCGCAACCAUGGUCAAACAAAACGACGUCAUCGCCAUUAUUGUCAUAGUGCUCUUCGUCGUGCUCGCCCUCGUCGCCUUUGGCAUCUACAGAUUGGUCCACGUUGCACGACAAAGUAUGAGCGUGACAUCUGGGUCGAGCAGUAGCAGCUCCGACGAGAUAGUCGACCGUUGAUUCGUUACGCCGGCACUCCCAAGGGUCGGUUGCUUGGCAUUCCCCUGGGUAUUGCCGCAAAUUUACACC